AAAAAUGGGCUGAGAAAAUCGAUGUCAAGUGUUUUGAAAAGAAUAGGAAAAACAAAUGUUUAUAAAUAAUUAUAGUAGCCUGACUAAUUUACUGUCGCGUUUUGAGCAUUAAUAUGAUAUUAAGAUAGCGAUGAACUAAAUAUAUCAACCAUGGUAGCUUGCCGUCGGUGACACAGUGGAACUCGUAUUUAUCGUGAGUUUUAACUUUUAUUUUGUGAUAUUUUAAUGGGUAGUACUGUAUCGGUACAACAACGCAAUAUGAUGUUCUUGUUUGGGAAAAAUGCACACAAUCCUCAGGAAGCCCGAGCAAGAUUAGAAAGGAAAUUAUAUCUUGCCCGAGAAUCACCUGAACCUGAUUUCGAUUUGUCAGACUGCUGCCUUCGGCGUUUGCCGUCAGGUAUAUUUUCUAUAUGCAAGGUAUUUAGAAAAGACAAUUUAUAUCUGCAUAACAAUCGCCUGCAAUCCUUAGAAGAAGGUGGGCAGCUGUCAGAUCUGUUACUCAUUAAAGUCCUCAAUUUAAGUUGUAAUCAGUUUUUUCGAUUGCCGAAUAGCAUAAGAUAUCUGGCAAGUCUAACAGAGCUAUAUUUACAACAUAAUUUUCUUGAAUCUAUACCUGAUGGAAUAAAGUUUUUAGAGUGCUUACAAGUUUUGGACUUAUCUAAUAACAAAUUGAAACAUUUGAACCCUGGAUUAUGUAAUCUCAAAUGUUUGAGACAGUUAAAGAUAUCUGAUAACAAGCACCUCACAAAACUUUGCCCAGAGCUGUGUCUUGCUACUAAUUUGCUGUCUAUUGAAUUGAAUGGUGACAAUUUUACUUUUCCACCAUCAUACAUAGCCACACAAGGGACUAUAGAAAUUAUGAAGUAUCUAUGUUCUGAAAUGAAUAUUGAAUAUGUAGCACCCUUACCUUCUGAUAUUUCACCAUCACAAGUACCAAACAUGAAUCAUAAUCCUUUUGAAAAACAAUUAGGAAUAACAUGGGAAGAGCAAGAAGCUGCAAUGAUUGAACAAGAAAAUAAAAUUCACAAAGCUAAUCUGCAGCAAAGAGAAAAAUUUCUGUCUAAGAUUAUACAAGAACAACAAGAUUUGGAUAGUGAGAUAGCUAAAGUACAAGAAGUAAGAGAAGUAGAGAGGCAGAAGCUUAUGAAAGCUAUACAGAUGGAAGAAGAGGAAAUUGAAUGUUUGGUUAAAAACUUUAUUCAAAUUGAUAGACUGCAACCUGAGGUGGUGCAACAACAGCUGGCUUACGAGCAAGCUGAACAUGACCGCCUGCUGGAGAUCACUCGACAAAAUUAUGAUAAUGUAAGGAGGGCAGAUAUUUUAAAAGCAAUGGAAGAGCUUAUAGAAAAAGAUUCUUCUAUUCAAAUGUAUAAAAAAUAUUAUAAGGAUGACCUAAAUAACAUUAAAGAAAAUAUGUUAAUACAGGAGACCGAAGGAGCAAUGAAGUUAUCUGAACUCUUAAAUGCUAAAGAUGAGUCUCGUACCACAUUAGUUCAAACACUUCUAGAAGAUCAAGAUAUUCAGAAAGCGAUUGUUUCAUCCCUUCUAGAAAAGGUUGAUGCCAAAAGUUGGAGUCUUAAUCAGGAAAUAUCACUUAUCUCUACAAACUUAGCAAGGCUUAGUGUAAUUGAACAAGAGAAAAAGAACAUGCAAAUUGCCUUUAAUUAUAAUGAACUUUUACAACAAAGAAUUCAUUUGGUAGAGUUGUUGGACAACCUCCUGGAUCAGAGAAACAUAAGAAGGAAGCAAUUAAUUGAUACCUUAAAGGAAGUAGAAACUGAAGGUGUCAGAUCUAGUGAUUUUUGGCUCAAAAGUUAUCAAAAACUCUUGGAUUCAGCACCCAAAUCAUUGUUUAAUGUUCGGAAGUUAGACCCUGUUUUUGCAAACUACCUCUUACAAGAAGGUGUGAUACAUUGUUUGCCUUUUCUGGUUAAGUAUUUGUUUUCUAGUGAAUCCUUAUUAAAUAUCACUAAUGAGAAUUUAAGGGAGAGUGGAGUAACUCUAAGCUCAGACAGAGAAAGUAUUUUGAGAGCUUUACAGUUGUAUGUGCAGUCUAAAAGUCAGAACUAUAAUAUAGCAGAACCCAAUAGUAGCACCCAACCAAGCGCACCUUCAAAAUCUGAUCAAGAACUAAAUUGUUCAGGAGUUCUAAAUAUCAAUGAUAAAGAAAGCUCAAUAGUGGAUGGUGAAUGUGUAGUGUGUAUGGAUGCUAAGUCUGAAAUAGUUUUUGUGCCAUGUGGUCACAUGUGUUGCUGCCAGCCAUGUUCACAAAACCAGUUAGAAAAUUGCCCCAUGUGUAGGAUGGACAUCGAAAGAACAAUCAAAGCAAUUGUUGCUUAAUAAUAUAUUUAUAGGUACCUAAUAUAAUUAUAAUAUAUUGGUCAAGUUAAGCUGCUCACCAAAGUUUCUGCAUCUGAAGCUUUUUUAAAUUACAGUUUUGAUAUUAAAUAAUACUGCAUAAGUAACCUUAUUUAAUCUGCUACUGAUCCAGAUUAUUAAAAACAAAUUAUUAUUGUGGUAUAUUAAUUACUUAGCAAAUUUCACAUUAUUUUAUUUUGUAUUAUGAUAUUUUAUUUUUUGGUCAUCCUUUAUACUUGCCAUUUUCACAUUGGGUUCCUUAUAAGUUAUAACCCAGAUUGAUCAGAUAAAAGGAAUAUUUUUAUCUUUUUAGGUGAAGGACCAAAACAUGUUAUUAAAUAAUGUUGAGAUUGAUUUAAGUGUAUUAAUAAACAUUAAUAAUAAUUGUAUUCAAAAGACUAAAGAAUAACAAUUUUGCAAUAUUUUAUCUGUAAUUGUUAUAUAUUUACACCUAUGGUGUUUGACUGGUAAUAUUAGUUUACUUUUUAAUAUUACUUAUCUGUGAAAGUGAAUCAUCUGAUUGUAAUUUUAGUAAUCAGAUAAAUAAUUGUGCAAUAUGUUGAAAGUUAGAGUGAUUCAUUAGUUAGUUGAAUUUAAAAAGUCCAUUGUGAAAUGUCAAUUUGAUAAUGAUAAUAACAAGAAUAACAAUCACAUCUAAGGCUGGACGUCCUUUGGAUCGCCAGAGCGAUCGCUUCUUUUCAACAGUGUGCUACUUGAUUUUAUCAUAUUACAUCCUUUGAGAUGGACGCAGGCGGGUCAGUAUCCUAAUGGACGCGUUGAGCAAUAAUUCAUCUGCCGAAAAAUUUGCUGCCAUAGAGCAGCUUUAGAUACUUUAGUUGCUAUUGCUGCUAGAGAAGCUACUCGUAGACACUCAGGCGAUAUUAGCCAAUGUGCACAGCAACAAAAUAUGCUAAAACUUCAGAAGUUAGCUUCUAUUUCAAUUCUAGAGAACUUCAAUACAAAAAUGCAAGUUGUUGUUUAAGAAAAUUUUUGUUUAGUCGCUACGUACAAAAAACUAGCUUUUAAAUGAGAUUGGAUUUGAAAAAAAUCAAACUAGAUUUGUCUCGACUGAGCCUCUAGCAGUACCUACUGAGAUUACAAGUUUAAGAACUUUGCACAGUAUUUUGACAAAGUAAUAAAAAACGCUACUAGUGCCUUCUAAAUGUUUGUUGUAUCUAUCGUAUAUUUUGUUACAUUUGAUUUGAUUUCAAUUUUACAUGUUAAACCAGUUUUGUAUUAAACUGUGAUAUAAUGAUUAUUACUGAUAUGCCAUUUACUUCUAGUACAUAAUUAUAAGUUGUCUCAAAAGUCAAAGUUGUGUAUAAUAUUAAUCAUGUUAUGUUAUAUGAUUAUGUAAAAUAUUAUUAUUUUAAUUUAGAUUGUAACUGUUAUUACCAUUAAUAAGGGAAUAAAAUAAGUUUUUUUUUAAAUAUUUAUAGUACUUGAUAGUAUAAAACAAAAACAUUGUUAAUAUAUGAAUUGAGGAUGCAUUUAAGGAUAAAAUAGAGCACUUUUUGAUGUAAAACUGGUUAAUCUAUGUUGCUACGUAAACUCAUCCCCAACCUCGUCUAGUACAAUAUGAUAAACAUAUUUUUAUGGCACAAAAUAACCUUUUUUUACUUAUUAAAUUUUCAUAAGUAUAAAAUUGUGCUGAAUGAGAGAAGUAAUGAGUUGAUGCCAUCUUAUUAUUUAAGGGACCAUUAAUUAAAGUGCGAAUGUAGAGCAUGCCUGAGUUAUCCAAUUUGUGGCUAUUGAAUAAUAAAGUAAAUUAUGUAAUUUAAUUAAUCCAGCUUGUUAGCCUAUAUCUCUUCUUCUUUAUAGUCGUACUAGCUUUUGCCCUCAACUUCGCCUGCGUAAAUUACACAAAUUUCUAACCCCUAUUGUACCACCUUAGGGGUUGAAUUGUCAAAAAUCCUAUCUUAGCGGAUUUCUAUGUAAUAAUUCUUCUAUCAGCAUGCCAAAUUUCUGUCUGAUCCGUCCAGUAGUUUUUGAGCUCCGCAUUGAUAGAUCAGUCAGUCGGGUCGGCUUUUCUUUUUAUACUACCUAUAUAUAUUAGAUUUCUGCUGCUUACGUGUCAUUACGUGAUUAGUGGACCCCUAUCCACUAAUCACAAUAGCAGGAGUUCUCUUUGGGUAAUAAUGCAGUGGGUUCCCAGACCCUUCUGCAUAAGUGCAUACAACUCAACUAAGAAAACGAGAUUUCGAGUCUUACAGUUUUAUUCAUAAGAAUCCCUUAUUAUAACUUUUAACUGUUCUAUCGGAGUCUGAGGCAUUUUUAUAUAAGUCGCUGAGUGCCGAGCUAUCGCGCGAGCAACUCUGGCACAAAUGCGGCUUACAGUUGGUUGAGACAACCCAUGUAAAUCUCCCCCAUCUUCUUGAACCUAGACAAAAAAGUACUUACACGUUAGAAGAAAUCACAUAUAUAAAGGAAUAAUUACAUGAAUAGGAACUUCGAAAUUAAGUAAGGACUUACUUCACGACGUCCCCAGCAUCUUAUGGCAGUUAAAACUUGCAACUCUGGUGAAGUGCCACAGCCUCUCGAAUCGAG